AUGGUUGGUGGUGAUCAUCGCUCCUUGAUAGAGUCGAUCUACAACGCUCCUGCAAAUCUGCUUAGUGUGGUUGCUUGCUCUGGGUCCGCGGUUGGCCAGUGCUUGAGUCCAGCGAAGUUUGAUAUUCUUGUGCCAACAUCUUCGAGGAUCGCUUCUACAAAGCUUCCGACAUCUGCCAAUACAUCGCCAACCCUAAUAAGCAGUAACUGCUACGGCAAGACUGCAGCUAAACAGAAGAUGGCUGCUCGUCCACAAACCGCAAAAAAGUCAAAGCGAGAUAGAAAGAAGGCCUGGAAGAAGGAUCCAUGGAAGGGGAAGGUGGCAGACUUGAGUCAUCCUCCUUACCGAAAAGCAAAAAUGGAGGGAAAACUCCCCGGGCCUAAUCCUGACGAGCAUGUUCGCCCAUCGGUGCCCACAUCUAACCACGUUGCGCGCGCUGCACAGCGGAUGAAAUACUGGCCAGAGAGACAACGCCUAAGCCCCAUUCAGUCUCCCGAACUGGAUGCGCCGACUCUAGUUAAUGGCAAAGAAUUGGGAUUACCGGAACUAAACAGGGACGCUAAGCCAGCGCUGAACCCCGUCGACAGAAUCCCGCCCACACGCUUUCCGAGGGUCUAUGUUGGGGAUAAUGCACCUACACCGCGCUGGCUGAUUCGACCGGUCCGCCCAGUGACCAACCAUGAGUCGGCACACAAUUCGUCUUCAGAAAGCGGAUCCGCAGCAAGCGGCUUCUCAUCCGCGUCAGGUAGCUCCCGCCUUCUACCAUUAGGACGGCUGCGCUGGGAAUUCGACCCUGGCCCAGCUGCCAAACACGGGCAGGACGAGGCCCGACUACACGAAUAUGCCUACCGAUAUCUCCAGAACUCUCUCCGUGACCCAAUUGUCCGAGAGGAAAUGAGGAACAUGAUCUGGAACAGCCCGUAUGCGCUUGUUGUCGCGAAUGUUGAGGACCCGUUACCUAUUCCACCUCCACCACCGCAUUUCAAGGACCAGAGACCCUCAGAUUAUGCGGCCCUUCGAGAGGCAAUAUCUGCAUCAAAUCCUGACGACUAUCACUUCAAGUAUCCUGACUAUGCGCGGCCGUCACUAGCAGCUAGAACAUACGGACAUCAAGACACUUAUAAAAGCCGCAAGUCAAGCGUAGAUUCUCAGAGUUCGGCCGUCUCCCAUGGCAGCUCUAGCACCGGCGAAAGCUCCCGUACCCGGGCCAGCAGUAGCUCAAGCAUCAGUAUUGUGCACAAAGAGCUCUCGCCAGUUUACCAGCAUGAAUUUGACGAUGACACGAAUCACUACCUCAAACGCGGGCAAAAGGUAGGGUUUAAAGCCAAGAUCAAGACCAAGGAAAAGAACCAGACAGAGUCCUUCCUUUCAAAACCGCCUAGACGAGGCAGAGGACGGCCAACGAAAAGCGACAUAGAUUUCUUGGAUGUACCAACGCUCGAAGAGCUGUCCAGCGCAGAACCACCGCGGAAGAAACGUGCAGGAGUGGAGAAGCCAGCAAGAGAUAUGUGGAGGCCACUCUCGGAAACCUUCUCUGAGGAGGAAGAUAUAAUAACCCCAAAGGCCCCCAAAAUAACAAGCAAGAACGCUGCGAAAGCAAAGAUGGAUGGGGCGAUACUGAACAAGCGAACUGGUGGCUGGUUGGUGUCUGUAUAUGCUGAGUAUGAGUCGUGCCUUCCUUGCUGGCAAGAGCUGAUAUCCUUCCCAACCCUCGAGGAUACCAAGUCCGGACAAAUUCCGGCGGAUUAUGCAAAGCAUGAUCUUGGAACUUACUUAGUGUGUGCCGAAGUAGCAAAGCGGCAGGAGCAAUUGGCUCUGGGCUGGCUCUCGGCAUCCGUAAUCCACCCCCACGGGUUUCUCCCCACUCGGCGUCCCGGGUAUUCCGAGGGGGUCAUACCACGAGAGUACUCCGCACUUCUACUGGGUUCCCGGGGACAAACACUACGCGCGGUCAGCGACAUCACCAAAAUGCGCGCCCGCACUCUCCUCCUCAGAGUCAGCAUCUUCUCAGCGGCACUCGCUCUUCAACCAUCAGCACCAGGCCCAGCUCCUUACACCGAACCUUACAGACCUCAAUACCACUUCACCCCUGCUCAAAACUGGAUCAACGACCCUAACGGCCUGCUCUACCACAAUGGCACCUACCACAUGUUCUAUCAGUAUAAUCCGGGCGGAGUCGCGCACGAGGCAAUGUCCUGGGGUCAUGCAACGAGCCAGGACUUAACGCAUUGGGAUGAGCGGCCUGUUGCGUUGACGGCCAGGGGUUUUCCCGGCAAGAACAUAUCAGAGCAGUUUUUCAGUGGCAGUGCGGUUUAUGACGUGGAUAACUCCAGCGGAUAUGGAAAUGGAAUGGGAACGGCUGCUCCUAUGGUUGCCAUGUAUACGUCUUUCUAUGUCUACGGCCAGACGCUUCCCAGCGGCAAGAAGGUCCGCGCAAGCCAACAAUCUCAAUCAUUGGCAUACAGUCUCGACUCUGGCGAAACAUGGACUACUGAUGACGCUGUGAAUCCCAUCCUCUUACAGCCUCCGCACCCUUACGAAUCUCAGUAUAAAGAAUGGCGUGACCCUAAUGUCUUCUGGCACGCGCCUACAAAAAAGUGGAUUCUGACAACUGCACUGUCCGAUCUGCACAAACUCCUUAUCUACACCUCGACUGAUCUCAAGAACUGGACGCUCGCUAGCGAGUUCGGUCCCUAUAAUGCCGUCGGUGGAGUCUGGGAGUGUCCUAGUUUCUUCCCGCUACCUGUAGACAACGAUGAGUCGAACGUGAAAUGGGUCGCGAUCAUCGGCCUGAACCCCGGCGGUCCACCGGGGACAGUGGGAUCUGGAAACCAGUAUAUUCUAGGCCAAUUUAACGGGACUCAUUUUCUUCCGGACGCCGAAAGUUUGCAUGAGCAAGGAGAGGCGAAUUGGCUCGAUUAUGGACCGGACUUUUAUGCGGCGCUCGUUUAUAAUGGCCUGCCGGAGUUUCAGCGUACUGUUAUUGCAUGGAUGAGUAACUGGCAGUAUGCCGAGAAGGUCCCGACGACGGUUUGGCGCAACGCAAUGACUAUUCCAAGACGCCUUGGUCUUAAGACUAUCAAUGGAAAGGUGCUAGUUGUUCAAGAACCGGAAGCAAACUGGGCUGCUAUCAUGAGCAAGCCACAAACCACGCGUAUUUUGUCUCUCCCGGCAAAUAGCACGCGUAACCUAGGGUCUCUAGGGAAGACACUUGCUGCUAAUCUCACCUUCUCUGCCGGAGAACAAAAUGGCUCUUCCUUCGGAAUCUCCCUUUUGGCAACCCAGAACUUCACAACCCAGACCCUUAUCGGCUAUAACUUCGCCACGAAGCACAUCUUUGUCGAUAGACGGGCAUCAGGAAAUACCUCUUUUGACGAGACAUUUGCGUCCGUUUAUCGUGCCCCGCUUGAACCAGCGGAUGAUGGGACUGUGACGCUUAGGAUAUUCGCAGACUGGUCGAGUGUUGAAGUCUUUGGAGGGCAGGGAGAAACCACUCUCACAGCCCAGGUUUUCCCGCCCGAGGGAGCGACACAUGCAAGGCUCUUUGCCAACGGUGCCGGUGUGGAGGACGUGCUACUGAGUGUGAGUAAGGUUGGGUCUGUUUGGAACUGAAGGAUCUAGCUAGAUGUUUUGUUGUUUGGCUCGCAUUGAAGGGUCGAUCUGAUGACCAAAGUUCAGCAGUCUUAUACUUAUCCACAACCUGAUCCAAUUCGUUGAUUCCUUCGAUUAGUUUUGAGGGCAGCCUGUAGCGUGACUUCGGUCAAGCCGAGCUCACUCAACUAGCAGAUGCUACAGAGCCAGCUGGCUGAUCCACGCCAGCCAAAGGGACUGAACAAACAGUCUGUG